AUGACCGUCUUCGGGCUCGUCGGACGUAGUGUCCGCGUGCAGAUACUUAGGACCGGAUCCAACUGCGCCUACAACCGUUCUCUUCAAUUCAGGACAUUUCUCUUUGCUACCAAACGCAAGUUCGACGCCGCCUCUUCUGUAGCUGACCCGGGAACCGGCCCCGUUCGCAGGAGCAAGAAUUUUCCGCGUGAGGGGGAGGAGGAAGCGGACUUCAUUGAUCCCAUCACGUUGAAGCGCUGUGGAACGGCACAGGGGGCGAGAUCUGCACGUCCUUAUACUUGGGAUGCACAAGAGCCUGUUGAGGAGCAAGUGGCGGAACAAGGUCGGCAUAGGUACCGUCUGCCUGAUGUUGAGCAGAUGGAGGAGUUGGAGGAGGCGAAAAAGGCACUUGCCGAGCAUUUGGAGUCUGGCAUUCCGCAGACUGUUGAGCUUGUGUGGGGAAAUUCAGCAAACCCCAAGGCAAUACCAUUGACUAUUCCAUUGCGUUUUUCGUUGGAGGACAUGAGGGGGGGCAAGGCGGCAGCUAUGGAGUAUACGGUUGCUUGUGCUUUGUUACUUCACCAGCGUUUUGCCGAGAGACAGUAUGGAUGCGACGAACUCGUUGAGAUUACUGGGCCGAACCAGGAGACUAUCUGGCUGCGUGCUCGGAAGGCAGCCCCAGCGGCUGCUGCUCAACCCAGCAAAGCUGCAGCUGCGAAGAAUGAGGAGGUCCCGGAGGAGCAGGUUGCCGCACAGGCAAAGGACGAGGCCGACGCCGAAGCUAUGACAACAGUCAACAACUCCAAAUCAGCCCAAAAAGCCUGGAUCAAAACCAUGUCCUCUGCCAUUCCCGCGCACGCCCAACGAACGUCCUCCAAGCACUACUGCGUGACCGCCCAGGGUGAGGCAGGCCACUGGUAUUACUACCUCCUCCCUGCCUUUGAGGCCGAUGUUUUUGCGGAUCCGGCGUUGAGGUCUGAUCUGAGGACUGCAGUGUCGGAACUGAGGAAGAAGGGAGCGAAGGAGAUUUGGAAGAUGAAGGUGUGGAAGAGGAAGGGGGAGAGUGAUCAGAGGAUGCCGGAGGCGUUACCGAUGACCCCGGGGUUAUCUUUGGAGGAGGAAAUUACGGCCGAGAUGGCGAAGGCGAAGAAGGAUGAUCCUGUACAAGUCGAUCCUGUCCUUGCUGAUGUUGCGGAGGCGCCGGUGGUUAAGGAGAAGAAGCAAGAGCAAGCUUCGUCUCCCAAGCCUAAGGACGAGCCUGCUGCGCAAUCUGUCGUUCCUCCCAAACCUGUUGAAUUAUCCCAGAAACUCCCGCGUUGGGCACCACAGGAUUUCUUCAACUCCACCGCCGAGAGCGUCCGUGCCAUUCUCAAACGUCCCGGCGGUCUUCACGACAUUGAAGAAAAAAUACGAGCUGAGGAAGCUGCGCGUUCGUGGGGUUUGGGUAGGACAAUGCCCGAUGUCGACGUCAGGACUGCUGCUGAUAUCCAGGAGAAUGUUGCGCAGGUUAGGGCUGAGGUUGCGAAAGGUCUUGAGGAGGUGAAGAGGCCCAGCAGGGCUGCAGUCUCAGCUGCGAAGACUGCUGUGACGACUGCGACGGAUGCUGCCACUCCGGACGCCGAGGCUGGGAUAUCGGACGUAGAGGGCGAGGAGGAGGCUAAACCUCUCCGUCACGCGAAGUGGGAUCUUCAACUCCUCUCGUACAGCCCCCGCCACGGCAGUGUCAUCCAGAUGGCACUGGGCGAGCACAAGACCAAGGAUCGCAAACCCUACCCUGAUGUAGAUGUCGUCUCUCUCCUUGGGCGCGUCCAUAAUGUGGCCAUGUACCAGUUCCAUUACCGCACAUUGAGGGAGCAAGGGUAUAAGGUGAUCAGCGCUCAAGCGGAUCAGGUUGUGUUUGCGAAGAAGGCGCCGGUAGUUAGGAACGUAGGUGGGUUCCCCGGGAGGUAUAGGAGGAGUCGGGGAGCUUGGAAAGAUUUAGUGCACAGGGUUGCAAACGUGUGA